AUGGCAGGCGGAUCUACCUCCCCGGCCGUACGGGCACAGCAGAUGAUGAAAACUGCGGACUUGGUGAACAAGUUCGUCAUAUCAACAGCACAGUUCUUGAAUAGGUUUGCUGCGUAUUGUGAAAGUAAGCUGCUUGAAACAAACCGGUCACUUCAGCGGUUGGAGACUCUUACACUGUUAUUGGAAGCCAAAAUCGCGAGCGUGGACGAUGAGCUUAAGGAGACCCAACCGCAGACUGUUGAAGGUCAGACUACCGUGAAGGCCCUAGGCGACAAUGUGGCAAGGCUGAUGAUACCCGACCGCCAGGUUCCUCCACCCAUGCCCGGGCUUUCGCCGGAGGGCGGCCAGCGGAGGUUACCACCACCACCGCCUUCGCAUCAAAACCGGAAGGGUCCUCCCCCACCCCCGGGUUCAGCGGCACCAGCCGUCAAAGCCCCUCCUCCCCCUCCGGUGCCGCUUCCACCCCUGAUGCCCGGGCCUCCACCACCGGGUGCGCUGCCGGUGCAACCCCCACCGAUGCCACUAAUGGGUGGCGUGCCAAUGAGGUCCCACCCACGACUUGCCGGUUAUUAUCAGAUGCUGGCCUUGAGGGUUCCGGCGGAGGUCAUAAAGGAGAAAAUGCGAUCAGAUGGGUAUCAACCCGAGUGGUUGGACACCCCUGAUGCCGUGUCUCCAUCAGCACUGCCAAGUAGAAAGAGGGACAUGUACGAUUCCGAUUAG